CGGACGGAUCGGCGGCGCCGCGAGGCGGCGGGGCGGGCCACCAUGUCUGCCGUAGUGUGCGGCAAGAGGUCCUCCAUCUUCGCCGACGAGCUUAUCCCUUCCUCUCCCUCUUCCUCUUCCCCUCCCCACCACCACUCCUCCAAGCGGGCCCGCUGCUCCCCGACCCGCGCCUUCGACGACGCCGCCGCGGCCCACCGCCGGGAGGCGCUCUUCCAGCACCUUUGCUCCCUCUUCCCUCACAUGGAUCCCCAGUUGCUCGAAAGAGCCCUUGAAGCAUCUGGAGAUGAUUUGGAUUCUGCAAUAAGGAGUUUGAAUGACCUACGCCUGGAGUCAGCUGAGGCUAUUUUGUCAGCAGCUGUUUGUGAAUCAGAGAAUGGCCUGUCAACAGCACUUAAGUUAUCAGCUGAAGGUGUUGUUAGUAAUGGCCAUUUGAAUGUUAUUAGUGGGAAUCCAUCCGUGACGGAUAAUUUUCAGCCAAAUCACCAUAGCUCUGAAUGGGUUGAGCUAUUUGUCAGAGAGAUGACAAGCGCCUCUGACAUAAAUGAUGCACGGGCUCGUGCAUCAAGAGCUUUGGAGGUACUUGAGAAGUCCAUCAUGGAGCGAACAGGAGCUGAGGCAGUGCAGAACUUGCACAAGGAAAAUGCGAUGCUGAAGGAGCAGCUAGCUAUAGUUCUGCGAGAGAAUGCUGUUCUGAAGCGGGGAGUUGCGAUCCAACACGAGCGCCAAAAAGAGUACGAUGAUAAGACACAGGAGGUUCAUAACUUGAAGCAACUGGUUUUGCAGUAUCAGGAGCAAGUAAAAACUCUCGAGAUCAAUAAUUAUGCACUUAGAGUGCAUCUACAGCAGGCUCAGCAGAAUAGUUCGAUUCCUGGGCGUUUCCACCCUGAUGUCUGCUAAUACAGCUUGCGGAAUCACUCUCAUGCUAGAAUUAUCCCUAAGUAUCUGACGGCGAGAGGGAUGCAACUACUGGUGCAUAUACACUGCAUUGCCAUUAAGAACCACAACUUGACAUUAAAAUAAGUAGUCCCAUGCUCCAGGAAAGCUCAGAAGAAAUAGUAUGUUGAGGUGGAAGGUGCUACGGUGCCUAUGUACACUUUGUAACAGAGGUUUUGUGUGUGACAUGAAGUUGGAGGAUAAUGGGUUGCUAUCAGAUGUAAUAUAAAUGAUCAAUGAAAAAGAUAUAUAUUUCUUUUCCUA